AUGAUAAACAGACAUUUUUCGCUUGGCUGCGCAUGCGUAUUUAUUUUCUUUUAUUUUAACGAAAAUGACGCCAGAUUCAGUGGGAGUUCUGAUCUAUCUAUCUAUCUAUCUAUCUAUCUAUCUAUCUAUCUAUCUAAUGUCGGUUUCUUUCUUUCUUUCUUUUUAAUUCAAUCCAUUCGACGUUUCGAUCUCUGUCUUUCAUUCAUUCAUUCUUUCUUUCUUUAUCUAUCUAUCUAUCUAUCUAUCUAUCUAUCCUCCGUUUUUCUCUCUCUAUUCCACUCCCUCUCAUUCUCUUUAUCUCUAUCACAGCCUGUAUAUAGCUCCUUGACUAUCUAUCUAUCUAUCUAUCUAUCUAUCUAUCUAUCUAUCUGCCUUUUUCUUUCUCUGCCAUUCCGUCGUCAUUCUCUCUAUCCCUUCAAUUAUGUCUCAUUGACUAUCCAUCUAUCUAUCUAUCUAGCUAGCUAUGUUAUUGUGUUCGUUUCUAUCCAUCUAUCUAUUUCAGUCUGUUCUCUUCUCUCUCUAUCUCUCUCUAUCUGUCACUGUUCAUAUCUAUCUAUCUAUCUAUCUAUCUAUCUAUCUAUCUAUCUUCAUUCUUUCUCUAAUUAUCCGCCCUCGCUCUCUCUCUCUUUCUCUUUAUUCAAGUCUAUUCAUUCUCUCUCUUUCGUUUUUUUCUAUCAGUCUGUAUAUAACUCGUUGACUAUCUAUCUAUCUAUCUAUCUAUCUAUCUAUCUAUCUAUCUAUCUAUCUAUCUAUCUAUCUAUCUAUCUAUCUAUCUAUCUGCCUUUUUCGUUAUGUAUGUAUCCGUUGUCGUUCUCUCUAUCCCUGUCUAUUCCAUCUCUCUCAUUCUCUUUCUCACUAUCUAUCACAGUCUAUCAUGUCUCCUUGACUAUCUAUAUAUCUUUCUAUCUAUCUAUCUAUCUAUCUAUCUAUUUCAGUCUGUUCAUAUCUAUCUAUGUAUCUAUCUCACUCUGUAUCUAUCUAUCUAUCUAUCUAUCAUGUAUGCCAGUCGAUAUUCACUUCUUUUUGUAUGACGAAUAUCUAUCUAUCUAUCUAUCUAUCUAUCUAUCUAUCUAUCUAUCUCUCUCUCUAUAUAUAUAUAUAUAUACUUUUUUUACAAGAAAGCGAGACUAA